UCCCAGGUUUCCCUGGCACACUGACUACCAAGGGUCCCCACCUCCCAGGGCUGUCGUGAGAUGCAGGUACUGAGAGUCAACACACAGCACCCACAUGGGAAGGCGUUCAGUAAGCGGCAAUUAUUCUUGUGAACAGAGGCACCAGACAGCAGAUGAAAAAGAGUGUGUGAGGUCUGGGUUCAACUCCCAGCACCAAGAAAAUGAAAAGCAAACACUGUGGGAUACGUACUACAGAGGAGAAGAAUACCAACCUGGGAGCUGUACUGCUUAGGUUCAAAGCCAGCCUGCCCCACCACCUCCUGUGUGGCUACAGCAGGGACCCUGGUAGCUAAUGUCAGAGGAAAGUGACUCUCUGCGAACCAGCCCUUCCGUGGCCUCGCUCUCUGAAAAUGAGCUGCCGCCACCCGCCGAGCCUCCUGGCUAUGUAUGCUCACUGACCGAAGACCUGGUCACCAAAGCCCGGGAAGAGCUGCAGGAGAAGCCAGAGUGGCGACUCCGGGAUGUGCAGGCCCUCCGUGACAUGGUACGCAAGGAGUACCCCAACCUGAGCACGUCCCUCGACGACGCCUUCCUGCUGCGCUUCCUACGCGCCCGCAAGUUUGAUUACGACCGGGCCCUGCAGCUGCUGGUCAAUUACCACAGCUGCAGGAGAAGCUGGCCUGAAGUCUUCAGCAACCUGAGGCCAUCGGCCCUGAAAGAUGUCCUCAGCUCCGGCUUCCUCACCGUGCUGCCCCACACGGACCCCAGGGGCUGCCACGUCCUCUGCAUCCGCCCAGACAGAUGGAUACCGAGCAACUACCCAAUUACCGAAAACAUCCGAGCCAUAUACUUGACAUUAGAAAAACUCAUUCAGUCCGAAGAAACCCAGGUGAAUGGAAUUGUAAUUCUUGCAGACUACAAAGGAGUGAGCUUAUCAAAGGCAUCUCAUUUUGGCCCUUUUAUAGCCAAAAAGGUGAUUGGCAUCCUCCAGGAUGGUUUUCCCAUUCGGAUAAAAGCGGUCCACGUAGUAAAUGAACCUCGAAUAUUUAAAGGCAUUUUUGCCAUCAUAAAACCAUUUCUGAAGGAGAAAAUAGCAAACAGAUUCUUCCUCCACGGGUCUGACCUGAACUCUCUCCACACAAACCUUCCCAGAAACAUUCUCCCCAAGGAGUAUGGGGGCACAGCUGGAGAGCUGGACACUGCCACCUGGAAUGCGGUGCUCCUGGCCUCCGAGGAGGACUUUGUGAGAGAGUUCUGCCAACCAGUGCCCGCCUGCGACAGCAUCCUGGGCCAAGUGCAGCUACCCGAGGGGCCGACUUCUGAUGCACAGUGUGACGACUCUAUGAGAGCUGUGAAGUCCCAGCUGUACUCUUGCUACUAGCCAGCCCCUGGGGGUGUCACCAGGUUUAAAUCCUCUCCUCUUCUCUUUAGAGACUCAUAAGAACUUAAGUGCCAAGGCCUCGGUCUUGCUUCUUGUAAUGAAAUGGUAGCAUGGAAGAACGGCCUGAAGAGCUUCGAGGGCCAGCCCAUCGUGGGGAGAUGUGGAAAAUAUCCUCAGUGUGAUUCUCAAACAUUUGCACUUUCCAUUUGCAACUAUUAUGCUAUGUCUGGUUCUUACUCACCUCAGAAGCAAGAAAAGUCAGCACCAAAGUUGCUUUGAUCCCGCUCUCCUGGAGAAAACCUGAUUGCCCAGUCAGCUGCUCCUCCGAAACAGUUUAGCCAGACUUGUAAGGUGGCCAAAUACAAGGCUUGGGGAAUCUUUGUCUUGCAUACAAACCUUAACUGUAAUCUCUGUUGCUCAUCAGGAAUCUUCAAGUCCAAGGUCUGGCCCCAUUUGCCAUCACUGAGUUUAGGGGGGUACCUUAGCUGAUCGUGGAAGCACCAGGACCCAAGCAGCACUCCCUAAUCACAUCUGGAAGCCGGAGCUUCAGAGCAUCCCUGGGUUCACUGGCCAACUCUUGCAACAGAGACUUUUUCCCCAAACCUAUAAAGCCUUAGCCCUGGUUCUCAAUGGAAUCACCCAGGAUUCUAGAAGUAUCUGAUUUUGCUCAAUGUAAAGUCAGGGAUGCUAGGCCUGUAUAGCUAAUGGAAUUCUGGCCUAGGAAUCAGAGACCUGAGCUCCAGAUGUGUGUGGACCAAACAUGGGCCACUGUGGGCCUCAACUUUCUCAUCUGUAAAAUGAGGCUGGCAGAAAUUCAGUUUUCUGACUAGAUAGAUGACCACCCUCUACAUAAAUUGUUUUUGUUUUGAUACUGGGAAUUGAACUCAGGACCUUGCACUUGCCAGGAAGGCACUUGUGCCACUGAGCUAUAUCCCCAGCCCUCUACAAACAGCUUGAUCCUGGUUUUUUGUGGUACACACAGGGCUUUCUAUGAAGAAGUGUCACCAUUUAUCCCAGCCUUUAAAGGAAGUAGUAUGUGAAGCCAGGCAUGAUGGCACACACCUGUGAUCUCAGCACUCAGGAGGUUGAAGUAGGAGGAUCACUGUGUUCGAAACCAGCCUGGGCUACACAGUGAGUUCAAGGCCAGCCUAAACUAUAUAAUGAGGCUUUGCCCAAAACACCCCAAAAUGAAAAGUGUGGGGGAGGUAGCUCAGUGCAAAGGCCUGGGUUCAAUCCCCAGUACCACUACAACCAAAAAAAAACCAAAAAGUAUGUGUCUUCUGGAACUCAAUGACACCAACUUCCUUUUUCCUUUUUCUAGUGAUGGUUAAACUUUAACGAGGAUAGCUUUGCCUGUAAUCUCAGCCACUAAGGAAGCUGAGGCAGGAUGACUGAGAGUUUGAGGCCAGCCUGGAACUGCAUGGUGAGACCCUGUCUUUCACAAAAGGACUGUACUGGUCAGGCUUCCAGGUGAGCUGACGUGGACCUUGUAUGAAUUCCUGCCAUCCCUGAGACACUAGUGGUAUAAUGUAAACCUGGCUAUGGUGGUUAUAACGUGAGCUUCUUUAAUUCAUCUUUGGAGAUGCACAGAGGGGCAGGUUACUGCUGGGUCACCUGUGGGGCCCCUGCGCUCCCAUACCACUGCAGUUUCAUCAGCCUGAACAUUAGUUCUCUACUUCAGCACUUUAGCCCCUCCCUGUCAAGAUUUUAGCCUUAACCCAAGCACCAUAUUUGGUGGUUCAUCUGGUGGCUUUCGGCCUACUUCCUUUCCUCUUCAUUCUUGUGAUGAUGGAGUUAAAUAGUGACAAGUACUGCUUGCUGUGCUCAUGCCUUCCUUCGCUGUGCAUUUAGACUACGCAGGCAAGGAGGGCUGCUCAGUUCGAGAACAAUACUCUGGAAUUCAAAGCUCAUUCUGCUACCUAACUGUUCAUCUUUACAGAAUUUAAACGAUGUCUUGGUACGUUUUUGGUAGAAAUUAAUUUACUUACCUCAUUAAUGCUAAUUUUAGGGACAGUUCCUUUUACCAUAGGUACUAACCCUGGAUUCUCUAGGGUCCUGGCUCAGCCGGAAGUGCCAAAACACACACCCCUUGCCGCCCUUAGUUCCACCUGACAACGAUGGGACCAGUACUGCUAAAAGGACAGGAGGGGGAUGGCUGAAGUAGACGUUCAGAACCCAGCAGCCCAGAUGGAAGAACCGGUGAGAGGCUUUUGGGGAGAGCAGAACAAAAAACUAGACAAAAGGAGGGGUCAAGCAGGAAGCCCUACCGUGUUCCUGAGAUUUAAAUCCUGCAUCACAUUCCUGGCCAAUAGCCUUUGUCUGUGUGAUGUAACACAGGGACGGCCAGACAUCUAUAAAGUAUUAUCAGAGACCACAAAGGAGCUGGGAACGGUGGGACACACCUUUAAUUCCAGCUAUCUGGGAGGCCGAGGAGCAUCAAAAGCUGGCCAGACCAGUCUUGGCAGCUUAGCAAGGCCCUGUCUCGAAAUUUUAAAAAAGGGCUGGGGAGGUAGCUCAGUGAUGGUUUCCCUGGGUUCAAUCCUCAGUACAGAGGUUAAAAAAAAAAAAAAAAACCAAAAAGGACAUUGCCCAUUUCUCUGGCCUUUCUGGUUAGACCCAGAAAGAGCAGUUUCUUUCAGCUUCUGAGAGAAGUCAGCCUGGGUUUGUCUUGACUCCAGGAGUUGCUGUGCUUUAUUUUAGCUCCACAGAGCGAUCAAACAGUCUUGCACCUCAGGAGGUUUGUACCAAGCUGUGAACCAGGACCUCCCUGGUGCAAACCAAGGCAGGGUGCUUGUGUUGACCAACGGGGCUGCAAGGAGCCACGCUUAGUAGUGGAGGAGCCAACAGGUGAACACUGAAAACAGGGGAAGGGUUCCCAUCAAGGAAAAGGUGUGUUUCCCAAACACCUGGAAAUUAAUUUUUCCCUACGUUCAUGGUAGUAUACUGGGAAGAGAGAGAGCAAUAGUACAUUAGAGUUGAGUGCCAGCUUUAGCCUCCUCAGCGGCCUUGAAUGAGCCCCAUCACGCCCCAGAAUCUGAAUGACAAAAGGGGACCUACACUCUCAACUCUGAACCUUUUGUUACUGGUAUCUCAUUAGUUCUACUGCUAUAGGAACAUUGUACUCAAGAGGUUCUCUUUUUCCCCAUGUGAAUUUAGGAAAUUUAGGUCUGCAGGUGGGGAACUAAAGGUUCCAAAUCAUUGUAUGAGCUUAGGUAUACAGGGACUUCCUUCCUCCUCUUUUCCCUAUUCCCCUACCCAGAAUUCUGGAAGAAUGUGCCUCUUCCUAGAGACCUUCUAUUCUGACUUCACGGGGAGAGGCAAGUCUAUCCAACAGCCAGAAAUGCAACCCUGGCUUUGCGCCUUGACUUUCCUGUUUGUUUCUGGCUGAGGCGGCUUGGCAUUGCUCACACUUCAUCCUGCUUUCUAGAGGAACCACUUCACUCAGGCUUGUAAGCACUUCAGGUUACCAGACACAGCUCGUCCAGAAAGAGCUGGGGUGACAGGAAGCGCUUCCCUUGAAUUCCCGUGGGCUGUUACCUUGAGUGGGCAGUUCCUGUGAAUGUCAUCUCACACUCAGAUCCGUCAUGGGAUUACUUUUCCAUUUGAGCAGCAAAAGCUGUCCUGUUGUGGCAUUAUUACCUCAUGUAAGUUGUCAACUUUUUAGGUUUUCCUUUAAAACCUUUGUUGAGAGUAAGCUAAUGUAAGUGUGGCUGUCCUCGGGCCAUGCGAGACAGACUCCAAACAUGUGGACUGCUCAGGAAAGACACCAGUCCUGGCAACAGCUCAGUACUGGCAAUUGUUACUUUGUAAAUCUAAGCUCCUUUCUGCUGUCCUGACUCAGAAACGGUGUGCUCGAAAUGAAAGAAACAAACAUCAGAUAUUCUCCUUAACAAGAGCUUCCCCUAUGAGAAGGUCCAGUGUGACUUACAGACAGAGAUGACAGGGAUGCGUUCACUGGUUUGUUAGCUGGUUUUCAAAAUCUCACCGGGCAGCACGUUUAGUCAGGCAGGACGUCAGCUGCUUUUGUGGGCUCCCGUGGACAUGCCUCCACCGCCUGGCUAUCAGGUAGGAACCUGUACGCGUGAAAUACUUGAAACUUCUCUGUGGCCACAAGCUUCUGGCACCACUCUGAUGGGGUGGGAGCCGGGCUAAUUUCCUGACUAGUCUGGGGCACCAUUUCAGCCACUGGUCACAUUCCUUGCUUCAAACUGAAAUUCAGUUUGGCUUUGAGUAUAGGGACAUGGUGGCGGAUUCAUCUACUUCAGUAUUUGUUUUGACCAAAUGUUUAUUUUUCUAGUGCAUUUUUCUAAGUCAAAGUGGUGAAAAUAUGUAACUUUAGAAUGCAUGACUGGGUCUUAAUAAAAAUCCCUUUAAGGUUGAA